AGCGAAAGGGGUUUUCGUGUUGGCUGCCAGUCUUUGCAAUCUGUUUCCACUGUUGCUGGGCACGGAGGAGCAACCCGGGGAAAGUCGGAAACGGAACGGAACGGCAUGAAACGUCCGUUCAGCCCAUCAGUUCUACUAAACACUGAGCCGGACAGGAGGGGGUUUGGCGCCGGACUCGGAGCGCAGAUGGAUAGAGAUGCUUCCUCCGACACCCAAGAUGAGGGUGCAUUACUGGAUGAGCAGUCACAAGGGGGCGCCCUGCCUUCUGCACUCUACAGACCCAAAAGAGAAAGGAAACAGCGGAGCUACACCUUAUGUGAAGUCUGCAACAUCCAGCUGAACUCGGCUGCACAGGCCCAGAUCCACUACAACGGCAAAUCCCACCAGAAAAGACUCAAGCAAAUCAGCAAUGGCAAGAUGCAGAGCAACACAGGUACGUCGGCCCAGGGCAGCCCCCUCCUGGCUUCCCUCCCUGUCCCGGGGCGGCCACUGCAGCCUCAGCUCGACAUUAAACAUCUCCUGCCCUUCAGACUCAAUGGAUCCUCCCCCCUCAGUCUCUUCCCCAACUUUAACACGAUGGAUCCUGUCCAAAAAGCAGUGAUCAACCACACAUUUGGUGUCCCUCAGCCCCUCAAGAAGAAACAGAUUAUCUCCUGCAACAUUUGCCACCUGCGUUUUAACUCAACGAACCAAGCAGAGGCCCAUUACAAGGGCCACAAACAUGCACGGAAGCUCAAAGCCAUGGAGGCCCAGAAGAACAGGCAGCGGCGAGCGGGGGAGGCCUCGUCCACUGGAAGGGACAGAGACCGAGACAGAGAUAGAGAUAGAGAACGAGACAGAAGCAAGACAGCCCCGUCAGAAACCACACUGCCCAUGCUGAUGGACACCAGCCUAGCGGAGGGAACAAGUCUUCAGUCUGAUCUAGAACCAGUCAAUUUGGAGGUGAAGCUGGAGGAGAGUCCCAAGAGCUCCGUAAUGCUGACGCCAGUAUCUGAGGUUUCCUCUGUGGAGUUGGUCACUCUCUCCCCUCCUCAGAUUUCGCCUUCCUCGCAGCACUCCGAGACCGCCUCAGACACCAGCGCCCCCGAAGCCCCCGAGGCCGUCGAGACCAUGGGUCCGACCGCAGAGUCUGGCUGCACCGCCGAUUCAUCCAGCACUAACGGUGAGCCCAGAUCGGAUGAAGACAAGGACGUCAAGAAGAGCAAAUCUCACCUCCAUUGUCCUGUCUGUAAAGUCACUGUCAACUCCGUUUCCCAACUGGAAGCACAUAACAGUGGUACAAAGCACAAAAUGAUGCUGGAAGGUCACAGCGUCUUGCCUCGACGAAGGGGAAAAGUGGUGGCAGCUCGCGCAGGCUGUAAGAGCAAGCGUCUGGGCAGCAAAGGCAGCGUGGGGGUACCCAGCAAGAACUUCCAGUGUGAAGUGUGUGAGAUCUUUGUGAACUCUGAGACCCAGCUGAGCCAGCACAUGAAUAGCAGAAGGCACAAGGAUAGGCUGGCCGGAAAGCCACCCAAACCCAAAUUUACCCCCCACAGCAAGAGCCAGCCAAGCUCCAGCUUAGCGAACGUGAGAUGGAGUGGCUAUGCAGGCGUGGCUGUGUCUGCCAUGAAGAAAGCUUUCAGCCAGUACAACCUCACCUCCCUCUCCUCGCAGACCAAACUGGCCUUGCAGAAGCAGCUGACCAAGAGCUUGACUACUGGCUUCCUGCCCAGCCCCCUCACACCACCGACUCUGUGCACAGUGGCAACGAACCCACUGGCUCUGCGUCACCCAGUGGGCACCACCACGUUCAUCCAGACCCCCUUCCUGGGCCCCGCACUGUUCCGGCCUGCCCCGGGGCCUCUGCGGGCCGCACACACACCCAUCAUCUUCUCCCCGUAUUAAAGACGUGACCCACCUCCCAUCUGAGCUCCGCCCCCUCUGUCCCUUUACCAAGCCCCAGGCCCCUCCUUCGGUGUGACCCACAUGACAAAGGCCACACGCAAACUAUGCAGCCCACCUGACUUAAAAUGGAGAGAGUGCACAAGUCCUGACGCUCAUUAGGCCACGGGGGCCCAGAGCUGUUCCUAUCAUAUAAAGGCCAAGAUCCCCAUCAUGCCUUCUUUCUGCUCCUCGUAUCAUGACCUAAGGAGCAGGACAGGCCUCCAGACAGUGACUGGUGCACAGAGGCCGCUUUUAUAGCCAUUUCAUGGGUCAACAUAGUUUGGAUUAUGGAUAUUAUUGUGUAAUUUAUUAGAAAGCAAACAUAGAAAACUCUAGAUGUAUGUUUAGUGUGGUUGCCACAAAAUAAGGUCCCUUUACUUGAUGCUCUUUUAAAACAUUUUUAACUUAUUGCUUUGAGAGGGGGGGGGGGGGGGGGGGGGGGGGUUAUGAAAGUUAGUUAGAUCAGAGGCCUGUCUGGAAAAGCCAGUCGCAUUGAUCAGUGUUUUCAAUUAACAAGCGCGAAGAAUCCUCUGAAGUUAAAUGCUGUCUGUGUAUCGGCCACUUCUCGCAGAUUUGUAUUUCAACAUCUCGCUCCGCUUCUGGACUCGGAUGUAACAUUUCGACAGUCGCAGAUGCUCUCAUUUUCGUUUUCACUUCCAACCAAACAUGAUUUCACCCACACUGAUACGACCCCUUUCUCAUAUCACUGGUAUUCUUUCAUUAAUUAUGAAAUUCUCAAUGAUUUUCUUUAUUUACGGAACAUUUUGACAAGGACAGUCAUGUUGAUCAGUGUUUUCAAUUAACAAGCGCAAAGAAUCCUCUGAAGUUAAAUGCUGUCUCUGUAUCGGCCACUUCUCGCAGAUUUGUAUUUCAACAUCUCGCUCCGUUUCUAGACUCGGACGUAACGUUUCGACUCACGCCACUACAGUCGCAGAUGCUCUCAUUUUCACUUCCAACCAAACAUGAUUUCACCCACACUGAUAUAACCCUUUCUCAUAUCACUGGUUUUCUUUCAUUAAUUAUGAAAUCCUCGAUGAUUUUCUUUAUUUACAGAACAUUUUGACAAGGACAGUCACAUUGAUCAGUGUUUUCAAUUAACAAGUGCGAAGAAUCCUCUGAAGUUAAAUGCUGUCUCUGUAUCGGCCACUUCUCACAGAUUUGUAUUUCAACAUCUCGCUCCACUUCUAGACUCCGACGUAACGUUUCGACUCGCAACGCUAUAGUCGCAGAUGCUCUCAUUUUCACUUCCAACCAAACAUGAUUUCACCCACACUGAUACGACCCCUUUCUCAUAUCACCGGUAUUCUUUCAUUAAUUAUGAAAUUCUCGAUGAUUUUCUUUAUUUACACAGCAUUUUGACAAGGACAGCAAAAACAAAACAGAAAAGGCAAAGAAAACUCAUUAAAAUAAAACAAAUUAGGUGUAUAAAAACUAAUUAAGUGUAAAUAAUAAGAAACUAAAAUAGCGGCUGUCCGAUAAAAGUAAAAGGGAUUUAACGCAGAUCACUGACUGAUUUCCUCUGGCUUUAUUUGCACGGAAUUAAUCUACAAGAAUAAAUAAAUAUUCCCCCAAGAAAUCAGCAGAAUUCACGAGAAAAUACGCUUAAAAAUUAAUGCUCGAAAAUGGCUCUGACAGUCACAUCGUGUGGCGACAACUCUGGAAGCAGCUUCAAACUUUUGGAGGGCAAAUGUGACAGUUUUUAUCUGAGCAGCAUGUGUUUCUAAAAGCACACUCUGUUUGUCUAUAUAGUGAAACCCUCUGGGCCACGUUUUACACCUCCAGCCCUCUGCAUCAACACUCCUCCUCCAUCCCACGACUCAUACAAUUAAACAGUUUCUUCUGUAAUUCUGAGUCACAGCCACAUUCACAGGCCCACAGAUUUUUUUUUUCCAGGAUUAAACACUCAUUAAGGCUCAGAAAAGGUCAACUUGUCAUCUUGACUUUGUUUCAAUUUCCAAAUCUGUCUUCAGUCAUUUUUUUUUUUUCGCUCCAGUUCGUCAUUCUCGCGAUGCAGCUUGAACAUAACGCCUUGGUCAAGCUAGCGGCAAAGCAAUAUUUUUGCAGUUAUACAUGUCUUACGUUACAAAAUGUCAUGUUUCCCCCCUUUUUUCCCCCUUCUUGUGACUGCUCUUUUUCUUUCUAUUUUCCUUCUCCCCUGCUGUCAUCACUCUGCUGUUGCCCUUGAUUUUCUUUGGCGUUAUCGCAGCGUGAGAUGAUGAGGUGCAGCGAAAAGCCUCCAGACACGUGCGCAAAUCGCACGCAUAAUGAGAACACAAUGAAUAACUUGAAGACUUGAUGAUAUUUCGGAACUCGUUGAAAAGUUCGGAUGACAGUAGGUGGGGAGAUGGCUCAGCUCGUACUUGAUUGACAUCCCGUUGUGGAGUCUGGGCACAGCGUGGGAGGGAACAAAGCACAGUGCCAUGGCAACCACAUUAAAAGCACCUUAAAACUGAUUUACUUAUAAAAGCAAUGAAAAUUGUGUUCAUGUUUUGUUUUUUUUUUUAAUUAUUAUUAUUCUAAUAUAGAUGUAUGGUUUUACAGUCCCAUGUCAGUUUAAGUGAUGAUUUUGCUUAGAAAAAAAAACAAUCAGGUGAAAAUGAUCAAUUUAUGGGUUAUCCAUGACUAAGACAAGUAUCACAUUUAAAGCAAUACAUUCAAUAUUUUUAUGUUUACGAUGUGUUUUUCGCUGUGUCAAUGGCUUUAUCUAUUCUAUACUGUACACACCUGUAACAAUGUAUUAUGUGCUCCCAUGCAGCCAAGAGCCAGUUGUCAACACCGAGGAGUCAUUUGAAGUGAAGGGUUGUUCUGACGGCGCUGCCCUUGACGCUUGAUGCUCAUGGUCAGUCUCCACAUGUUGCGAUUCGUUGCUGAGCUGUUCCAUUUUUAGCCGCUCUCGCACUGCGGAAGAGGGUGCUUCAGUCAGAGCGCCAUAUGACAUUGCUUGUUUCACUUUUUAGUGGAGCGGAGAGAACUUUUUGUACGACUGUCCGCCACUGAGCAUAACGAUGUUACGUCACAGACAAGUGUUUGGGAUAAGUGUCACAAGUGCAACAUCCACCUGUCAUAUUGCUGUUCAUGCCCCGUGUGCUAAACCCCCCACCCCCUUCCCCACUCUGAAACCCUGACCUACACAUGGAUAUCUACAGAUGUAUGUCAAAACAGACUCUUGGCAGCGUCUCAUAAGGACUUGGAGUGCACACAUCAUCCUCCCCUCGACACUCAUACCAAAUCAUGUUCUCUUAAAUACAGUAAUGGAGCAAAUCCUAUGCAUUUUUCAUUGUGCAAUAUGUAUAGUUGUCUGUGAUGCAGCAGUGCCAUCUGUCGUGAAAACCCUGUAAUUGCCAUCAAGUAGUAGUGCUUCGACAAAAACCUUUCAUCCGAUGUACAUUUCUGUUCAAACCCCCCCACCCCCACCCUCUUUCCCAACUACUAUAAGUUUUACUGGGUAAGUGAAGCCGCCGGAUCUCCCAUCAUACUGAUGUGAUCUUCCCCAGUCGCGCUACUCAGUGAACCAGCCAGCCUUUAAUCGUCACUGUUUGUUUCUAUUGCUCAGUGGGAUCUCUGACCUAAAGAACUGAAACUUUCUUAAAAUUAAGAAUUUAGAGGAGGCAGAUUAUAUGUAGAAAACCAUAGAGUAACUAUAAAGAUUUUAUCAAGAGUUGCUAUUGUUAUCUGUAUCAUAAUGAACUGCUAUAGAUGGUAGAAGAGAGUAGAUUAUGUUAUUGUAGGCUCUGUGCAGCAUACAAGGACAAGACAAAAAACAAAACAAAACAAACAAAAAAAAAAAAAAAACGCUUUUCUUUUUUUUUUUCUCCAUUUCAUUUGUUAUUUACAUGGUUUUACCGACAUGUUUUUUUUAAGUACAAGAGAAAAUAUUUAAACACAUUAUUUGAGUGUUCUCUUUUUGUUUCUUGUUAACGGUGACUGAAUUAAUAAUCUAAUUCAAGGCCUUUUUAAGACAAUAUCCUAACGUCACAUUAGCCAGGCCUUCUCAGGGGUGACAGGUUGAACAAAUGCUACCAUGACCAUCCAUUCAGGGUAUCCCUCCAUGGCUCUAGAGAGCAGGAAACACUGUACACAUGGAUGGACUGUCAAAAAAAAAACAAAAAAAAAUUACAGUGCUGUACAAUAGAGAGGACAAGGGAUGGA